GUCGCUUGGCCAACCAACAUCAGAAGUGUUGGAUUGAAGCUUCGUCUUCACUUUGAGGGUGCGCUUGUUUUGCAAGUCCGGCGGAACACGAUUGAGGAUGGGCGAGUGGGGCUUCCUGGCGUCGCUGCUGGACAAAGUGCAGUCGCACUCCACCGUCAUCGGGAAAGUCUGGCUCAGCGUGCUCUUCGUCUUCAGGAUCAUGGUCCUGGGAGCCGGCGCCGAGAAGGUGUGGGGCGACGAGCAGUCCAAGAUGAUCUGCAACACCAAGCAGCCGGGCUGCAAGAACGUCUGCUACGACCGGGCCUUUCCCAUCUCGCACAUCCGCUUCUGGGUCCUGCAGAUCAUCUUCGUGUCCACGCCCACGCUGGUCUACUUGGGCCACGUCAUGCACGUCAUCCACAAGGAGAACAAACUCCGCGAGCGCCAGCGGGCCGGCGGCUCCUCGGCGCUCAAGCUCCCCAAGUACUCGGACGACAAGGGCCAGGUGACCAUCAAGGGCGACCUGCUGGGGAACUACAUGACCUCCAUCUUCUUCCGGAUCAUUCUGGAGGUGGCCUUCAUCGUGGGUCAGUACUACCUGUACGGCUUCGUCAUGGAGCCCCAGAUCGUGUGCUCGCGGGCCCCCUGCCCCUUCACGGUGGAGUGCUUCAUGUCGCGGCCCACCGAGAAGACCGUCUUCAUCCUCUUCAUGCUGGUCAUGUCCUGCGUGUCGGUGCUGCUCAACGUGGCCGAGAUCUUCUACCUGGCGUGCUCCAGAGCCGCCCGGAGGAAGGCCAACAAAUUGGCCGCCGGGGCCCUGGGGGGACCCGUGAACGGCGGCGCCUUCGCCAGGGCCUGAGACACUUUGUGUUUGACGCUCGUCGUUGCGCCACAAAUAACUGAAGAUAAAAAAAAAAAAAAAAAACUUAUUUAACUUGCGUGGGUUUUUCUCCGGGUACUCCCAAUCCGUCCCAAAACUCAUUCAGGACCCUAAAUUGUCCGCAGGUGUGGAUGUUUGUAUUUAAAAAUUCCUCCUGUUACGUGAGAAGUCUGGCGAGAACCAGGAAAUGAUGCCCCAAAAAAAAGUCUGAAUAAGAACAUUUCCACAAAACGAUCCCCAACGUUGGAGGAUAAAUCGAGAAUCGUAAGAGCACAGAAUUAUUUUAAUUAUUAUUUCAAGCUUUUGAGCAAAAACGGGGAAACGCCGAUUUCGAAAAUGGUCAGAUCACAACUUAUUUAUAAUUUACUCUGGCGAUCCCCCUUUUUCUUUGGUUCUCGUGUUUUUGUUUCGGCCGAAGAUUUCACGGCCGGCGCUGGUUUAAUCCGGGUCGUAAGCGUCCCCGUUAAGAGUUUUCCCGAGUUUGUGCGUCGCCAUUCGGCGUGUCAAAUUUGGAUUGUGCAUGCGUUUUGUUUGCGUUUUGUGCUUCUUGUUUGUGAUUGUCACUUGAUAAAUAAAUAUUCACCAAAACGUCCGUGUGGCCGCAUCAAAAAUACACAACAAUAUGUGCAAAAAUGAUUUAGAAAAAAACAAAAACAGUAACAAUAAUUGCUUAAGGAAUAGAAAUUUUGCUUAACCUUUGCUGGACACUUUCAUAUUUUCUGUGAAUAUUUUUCGUUUUGUUUCUUUGACAUUUUUUGUUUCACUUUUUUUCAACACCCUCCAAUUUCCAGUUUUUUUUUUCAGAAUGAUGAAAUGAUGACAUAUUUUUACGUCCGUUUUUGCUUGUAUUGUUCAUAGCAGAGUCCCCAGCAGAUGAUUUCUGCUUCUUAAAUAAAUUUUUU